GGAGUCCCAGGUUAUCGUGUUGCCCGAGUUCGCGCGGUAUUCUCACUGCCUCCUGAACUACAGGCACUGCGGGAUACUCCGACAGACCCAGACGCCCACCUCGCCUACAUUGAACUUUACACGUCGUUUAAGCCGCGACCGGAGGAACCGAGCGGCUUAUACGCAGUGUCUAAAGCAUACACACGAGGUAUUAGAAGGGCAGCAAUCAUUCCUGUCACAGACAUUUUCCGCAGCUGUCAUCUACUGCCUCGGUGCAGGGAGCGGGUCAACCGAGCGUGGUCAUCCACGACAGUACUUGAAGAAUGCGAAGAGUGGUUUUUGAACACAUACAUUGAUCAUCACAUGUAUUUAUUUGUUGAAUGA